AUGGAUUCCCUUACCCUCGUCUGCACCGUCUCUCUUCUCGCCGGCGGCCUUUACUGGUUCGUCUGCAUCCUUGGAUCCGCCGAACAAAAAGGCAAACACGCCAGUCAGCUCACCGGAGGCUCAAUCCAACGUGAAAACGUUCAAGACAAUUACAAUGAGUACUGGUCUUUCUUCCGUCGUCCCAAAGAGAUCGAGAAGACGGAAAAUGUUCCGGCUUUCGUUGACACCUUUUAUAACCUCGUUACAGAUAUCUAUGAAUGGGGUUGGGGACAGUCGUUUCAUUUUUCUCCUGCAAUCCCUGGGAAAUCCAACCUUGAGUCCACCAAAAUCCAUGAGCAGAUGGCGGUAGAUCUGAUUCGUGUUAAACCCGGACAGAAGAUUCUCGACGCCGGAUGCGGCGUCGGAGGUCCGAUGCGUGCAAUUGCGGCGCAUUCAGGUUGUAACGUCGUUGGAAUCACCAUUAAUGAGUAUCAAGUGAGUCGAGCUAAGGCACAUAAUAAGAAAGCUGGGUUAGAUGGGCUAUGUGAUGUCGUUUGCGGAAACUUUCUAGAAAUGCCGUUUGAAGAUAAUAGUUUCGACGGCGCGUACUCGAUCGAGGCGACUUGCCACGCGCCGAAGCUGGAAGAUGUUUACGGCGAGAUUUUUAGGGUUUUAAAGCCUGGAUCGAUGUACGUUUCAUACGAAUGGGUAACAACAGAAUUAUACAACGGCGAAGAUCCGGAACAUGUGGAAGUUAUUCAGGGGAUCGAGAGAGGUGACGCUCUGCCGGGGUUGAGGAGUUAUUCCGACAUUGCUGAGGUGGCGAAGAAGGUAGGAUUUGAGGUGGUGAAGGAGAAGGAUUUGGCGAAACCUCCGUCGCAUCCAUGGUGGACGAGGUUGAAGAUGGGGAGAAUUGCUUAUUGGAGAAACCACAUUUUAGUGAUGGUGCUUGAAACGCUCGGUGUUGCACCAAAAGGAACUGUAGAUGUUCACGAGAUGCUGUUCAAAACCGCCGAUUAUCUCACCAGAGGAGGAGAUUCCGGCAUUUUCAGCCCAAUGCAUAUGAUUCUCUGCAAAAAGCCAGAAAAGCCCCAAGAAUCUUGA